AAAUUCCAGCUGUAAAAAAUAGGCGCUUAUUUUGAAUUUUCCCAAAUUACUCUGGCAAAAUGGAAAAGAGUCCUUCCUCCUCAACUGACUACCUGAUCUCGCCCUGUCUCUCACUCCGUCUCGCGUAGCCUGCCUCCCGACUGCACCGAGCCAGCCUCCUCCUCAUCCUCUCCUCAUCCUCUCCCGUAGCCUUCCCCCUCGCCUUCCGAUCAGUCUCCAAGCCCCAACAGCUCUCCCAUGACGACGAGGACUUGGAUUCUGAUUGCGUUGAGAUUAAACACGAAUUGGAGGACGAUGAUUCUAAUUGCGUCGUUAUUAAGAACGAAUUGGAGGACGACGAGGCGGACGAGGUUUAAUGGAAAAGAAAUGGUAUUUGCACAUUGCAAUCUGACCAAGAUUUUAGUUUUGUUGACUUGAAAAAGCUGUUAACUGGUGAAGAUAGAGAUUUGAUUGGCUACAUGAAAUCCAUUUGGGACCCUUUAUUUUGAGACGCUUAAAAUCUGAUGUUAUGCAACAACUUCACGAGCUCGUAUUGCAAAAACUUCAGAGGUUUCCUCGAACAGUAUUCUUAAGGUUCUUCCUCGACGGCAGAUCUCCAACUAUUUUGUUCAGUUUCAUAAGAUUGCAAAUCAUCCCUUACUAGUAAGGCGUAUUUACAGUGAUGAGGAUGUUCGUUUUGCCAGAAAGUUACAUCCAAUGGGUGCAUUUGGCUUUGAAUGUACCUUAGACAAAGUAAUUGGGGAACUUAAGAAUUAUAGUGACUUCUCUAUCCAUCGGCUUUUGCUGUAUUAUGGUGUCUCAGAUAAGAAAGGAUUGCUUCCAGACAAAUAUGCAUUGCUUUCUUCAAAAUCUCAGGCAUUGGCUGAACUUCUUCCUUCACUGAAGCUAGCUGGGCAUCGUGUUCUGAUUUUCGGCCAGUGGACGUCAAUGCUUGAUAUUUUGGAGUGGACUUUGGAUGUGAUAGGUGUUACAUACAGACGACUUGAUGGAAGCACUCAGGUGACAGAAAGACAGACGAUAGUUGAUACACUCAAUAAUGACACUUCUACAUUUGCUUGCUUGCUGUCCACAAGAGUUGGAGGUCAGGGUUUGAACUUGGUUGGAGCUGAUACCGUAGUUAUUCAUGACAUGGAUUACAACCCGCAAAUUUAUCGACAGGCAGAAGAUCGUUGUCAUCGCAUCGGCCAAGUGAAGCCUGUUACCAUAUACAGGCUAGUCACUAAGGCUACAGUUGAUGAAAAUGUCUACGAGAUUGCGAAAAGGAAGUUAGUGCUAGAUCCUGCAGUCCUGGAAUCUGGCGUGGAGAUGGAUAAUGAAGGUGACACUUCCACCAUGGGAGAGAUAUUAUCGAAACUUUUGCUUGGUUAAAAAUUUUAGAAAACUUACAGUCAAUCUGUCGAUAGAGAAAUUGCAACUGGAAACCUUUGUAAUUUAGUGUUUGUAAUUUUCUAGUCACACCUUCGACCUCCAAGCCAAUUCGCCUAGCUGAUACCCAGUAGCCUGAUGCAUCAAGCCUAGAAGACUACUUGUAGUCUUUUCUUUUAUGUUUGAACAUCUUGUAUGUACAUUUUCAUAUAUUUUAUAAUUAAAUACUUUUUCUUGGUUUA